AUGGCUACUCUCGAGGUUAUCCAUACAUACCGCCACUUGUAUCGAGCACUGCUCCAUGCUGUUCAAUUCGCGCAACCAGCUCGAUUUGUGGCUCGAGACCGACUGAGACGGGCCUUCCGGGAAGGAGAGGGCCAGCUUGACAACCGAAGUCUUAUUAGGACGUUACGAUUCCUAGAAGCGGCCGCCAGAACUCGCGGGAUAGAGCAUAAAGUUCUCAAGAACCUUUUAUUUGUGGAUUACCACCGGUACUACGACUCCCGAAGGCCGUGGAAGCACGUUGAGCGGGCCAUGAAACAGCCCCCGAAGCAAGAUACGCAGAAGCAUAUCGAAAAGACAGCCUACAAACACUACGACAUGACCGUGGCCAUGCUUAACAAAUCCAUGGGUUUAUGCUUGAGAUAA